AAAACCGAGCGCUCGGUCCCCCCCCCCCUACCCACACCCACACCCACACCCAAAAAAAGCGAGUGCGCGCCAGCAGCACCAGGAAGAAAUUUGGGGCGCGUCCCCUUUCACUCCACCCACCCGAGAACUUUCGCUCCUUCUUCUUUACCUGCACCUGAGGGAUUUUUCGGCUCCGCUGCUCCUUGUAAAUGCCAGCCGCCCGGUUCAGUUCGCUUCGGGAGAGCCAGGACGGCGCAGAGGACUAGGCAGGCGAGCAGAAGGGGGGGAAAAAAAAGUCUUUCCCUGCCAAGGAACAAAAGCGGAAUCCUGCCACUAUGCCUCAGCUCUCGGGAGGCGGCGGCGGCGGCGACCCGGAGCUUUGUGCCACCGACGAGAUGAUCCCCUUCAAAGACGAAGGUGACCCCCAGAAGGAAACGAUCUUCGCCGAGAUCAGCCACCCGGAGGAAGAAGGGGACUUGGCCGACAUCAAGUCUUCGCUGGUCAACGAGUCGGAAACGAUCCCCAACAGCAACGGGCACGAGGUGUCUAGGCAAGGCCAGUCUCAGGAAGCUUAUGAAAAAGGCAGAGAACAUCCUGAAGAAGGCAAACACACAGAUGGUAUCUUGUACAAUAAAGGACCUUCUUAUUCUGGUUAUUCUGGGUAUAUCAUGAUGCCAAAUAUGAACAAUGAUCCAUAUAUGUCUAACGGAUCUCUUUCUCCACCAAUUCCUAGAACAUCCAACAAAGUACCUGUGGUACAACCUUCCCAUGCAGUACACCCUCUCACUCCACUCAUCACCUACAGCGAUGAACAUUUUUCUCCAGGGACACAUCCUUCACACCUCCCCUCAGAUGUCAACACAAAACAAGGCAUGAAUCGGCAUCCACCAGGUCCUGAUAUUUCCACCUUUUAUCCCUUAUCUCCUGGCAGUGUUGGGCAGAUAACCCCACCACUUGGCUGGCAAGGUCAGCCUGUAUAUCCCAUCUCAGGUGGAUUCAGGCAUCCCUACCCAUCUUCACUUUCAGUCGACACUUCCAUGUCAAGGUUUUCACAUCAUAUGAUCCCAGGUCCUCCAGGACCCCACACAACUGGAAUCCCUCAUCCUGCAAUUGUAACACCUCAAGUCAAACAAGAACAUCCACACACAGACAGUGACUUAAUGCACGUGAAGCCUCAGCAUGAACAGAGGAAAGAACAAGAGCCCAAAAGACCUCACAUUAAGAAACCUCUGAAUGCUUUCAUGUUAUACAUGAAAGAGAUGAGAGCGAACGUUGUAGCAGAAUGUACUCUGAAAGAAAGUGCAGCCAUCAACCAGAUUCUCGGCAGAAGGUGGCAUGCUUUGUCGCGUGAAGAACAAGCAAAAUAUUACGAACUAGCUCGGAAAGAAAGGCAGCUACACAUGCAACUGUAUCCUGGCUGGUCUGCAAGAGACAACUAUGGAAAGAAGAAAAAGAGGAAGAGAGAGAAGCUACAGGAGUCAACAUCAGGUACAGCCCCACGAAUGACAGCUGCCUACAUCUGAAGCAUGGUGGGAAGUGACACACAUUCUCAACCUGCAAGACAAAGGCAGCGACAUCAGGGCCUCUUCUUGAAAUGGAAGCUUGUUAAAAUCUCCCUGGAUGUCCUUCAGCUAAACAAGCAUAUAAGGAGUAUGUCUAAGGGUAUCAAAUUUUACCCUGAUGUCACUGCUAAAGACAUUGAACCAUAAAGACAAUCACUGCCAUGUCCCUUCACCAUCACAGAAUUCCGAGCCCAACUCAAAAAGGAGAGCCAAGAGUAGCAUUUCAGAUCUUCCCCCUUUUUAUCUCCACUCCGCCUUACACUCCUCCAUUUGUAUCUGCUAUGUUCUCAUUGCCGAGUCAGCAACAAAAUAGCUCAGCUGUAUUCAUUUUGCUUUAAUCAAAAGAAUGAUAUAAGCCAGCAGCAGCAGCAGCAGCAGCAGUUUCCAUCUUGCCCGUUCACACUGAAGGAACAAAAUUAAUUUCUUAAGGAAGAUAUUACCGGGUUUAUUUAAUGGUGCAAGAGGAUGAAUCUUGGUUUUCAGAUUCUAAAGAUAAACUUGAAUGCUUCUAUAUUUUAGUUAUUGCCUUGGUGUACAUUUUUAUUGACUUUGAGAUUUUAAAGAAGCAUUGAAAUGCCCUCCCCAAUGUUUUUUAAGGUUUUUAAAUAAUGCUAGAUUUCUUUUUUCCUGUUGGAGAAGAACAAAGCAUUUGGAGGAUAAAGCCCUUUUAUUUCUGAAUUAACUAUUUGUAACAGAUAAAAUCAUUGUAUACGUACACUAAACAUGUGAUCCACUUCAUCUCUCUAUACGUGUAAAAGCAACAUACCUUAUUGGAUCUGUUUUCAGUAAACUCUCCUACUCACAUAUCUGAAUUUCCUUGGUUUUUUUUUAAAGCCCAGCACUUGGAUUAUUAUUACUUCGAAUGUUCUGUAUUUGUAUCUGUUUCUGUUAGCCUGUUUAGUGGGAUUUUAUGCCAGUUGUUGAAAUGAACAUUGAUGUACCCAAUUUUUUUUAGUUUAAGGCAAAGCCUUUGCCAAAAAAAAAUGGACAACCAAUAUAUAUUUUGUCAUUCCAAUUUGAGUUAAUGUGAUCAUUUUUGUUGUUGUUUUCAUGUUUUUUUUUUAAAUAAAAGCUUUGUAAUAAAAUUACAAAAUACUUAUUUUUUGGGCUUGGUUAAAGUUAAAUUGUUUGGUUCACUUUGUUUCAUAUUGUAGUUUCAGUGGAACCAGAUGAAGUUAAUUUGGUGGCAUGUCUGCUCUUUGAAAAUAUGUUAUGUCCACAUAGCAGGGAAAAAAAAUGCAAUCCAAUAUUUUAUUGAUGAAAAUUAUCCUUCUGAAUUCAAAGGAGCCCCCCCUUACUCUGCCUGCUUAUAUGAGAAAUAGACACAUCUAAGUAAAAACAAAAAGAAAUAGCAAUGGCAGAUUUAGAGAAAAAUAACUCUUGACACUAAACUUAAUAAUUCUGAAAAGGCCUGUGUUAACUGAGUAAUUGAAGACUGCAUUCUUCUGCACACUCAUGGAAAGACCAUGAACCUUCUGCCAGACAUGGCUUGCCUUUAUGUCUUUGUUGUUUAAAAUUGAUCCAACUUGUAACUUCUGGAUUCUACUCUAUUAUAUGAUGGCCAGUUCUAUGUCAUUAGGUAACUUCCACUUUUAAAUAAUAAGUUAACCAGGCUUCUAGGUUUAUCAUGCACAUUACCAAGCAUUUACAUAGUAGCUAUUUUUUUCAAGAGCCUUCUGGGAGAUUAUAGAGCAGUGUUUCUUCUUCUUAUGUCUACGGAGAUUCUCAAUCAUCCAGGUCACGGUUGUCUCAAAGAUGCUUUUCCAAAAGGCAUCUUCUUUGGAAAUAUUUCUCUUCUCAUUCAACUGGGCUUUCUUGGCUUCUUGUUUGAAAACACUGUGCUGCUUAUCCAAAAAGCUUUUCAGUUCUGAAGAAGCUUCUUGGAUAAGCAUCAAAACAUUUUCAAAGAAGAAACUAAGCAAGCCAGGUUGCCUUUUAGAAAGGCACCUAUAGGGUUUUUUUAUCCUUAACAACUUUAAUGUGUGUGGACUUGAAUACUCUCAAUACUUGGGGAGCUUGAGUUGAAAUCCACAUAUCUUAUAAUCGAGAUGUGUCACUAUAGAGCAGACAUGUCAAACACAAGGCCCGGGGGCCGGAUGCAGCCCGCGAAGAGGUUUCAUGGGGCCUGCGAAGCCAUCCUGGAAACAGUGAGGGAACGGCCCCUGCCGCUGCUUUGGCCCAGGCCCAGGUCAGCCGAGAGCCAAUGUACAAUUUUGUGGUGGCCCUCUAUGCUGAAACACAUUCAGUCU